UUUGGUGAAUGUGAAAGUUAGGUUAGGUUCUGUGUUUAAGGGUUAGGUUGUUUAUUUCAAAAACAUAUAAUAUACAGAUAUAUGAGAAUUUGAAAAUACAUUGAUUUCAAUAUGUCACGCCCUGAGUACCUUGCUCCACCUGAAAUCUUUUACAAUGAAGAGGAGGCAAGGAAAUACACUCAAAACUCAAGAAUCAUGGACAUUCAGGUUCAGAUGUGUGAACGUGCGGUUGAACUCUUGGUUCUUCCUGAAGACUCUCCUUGUUACCUUCUAGAUAUUGGAUGUGGUUCGGGAUUGAGUGGAAGUGUUCUCGAAGACCAAGGACACUUCUGGGUUGGUUUAGACAUAUCAGAAGCUAUGCUAGGUGUUGCAGUAGAAAGGGAGGUGGAAGGUGAUUUGACGUUAUCUGAUAUGGGACAAGGAUGUCCGUUUAGGGCAGGAACUUUCGAUGGUGCUGUGAGCAUCUCUGCACUUCAAUGGUUAUGUAAUGCUGAUAAAUCAUGCCACAAACCAGUACAGAGAUUGUACACGUUUUUCAGCACCCUGUAUGCCUGUCUGAGUCGCUCAGCGAGAGCAGUUUUUCAGUUCUAUCCAGAAAAUAGUGAUCAAAUGGAGUUAGUAACAGCCCAAGCAAUGAGAGCAGGCUUUUACGGAGGUGUAGUUGUUGAUUAUCCAAACAGCACCAAAGCUAAAAAGUAUUUUCUGGUACUUAUGACUGGAGGAAGUGUGCCCUUACCUAAAGCUCUUGGUACAGAUGAAGAUUCUCAAGGAAUAUCUCACACAGCCAAACGGGAGAGAUUGAAACAGCAACGCGGGAAAAGUAUAAAAAAAGGUAGAAAUUGGAUUUUAGAAAAAAAAGAAAGAAGGAGAAGGCAGGGAAAGGAAGUUAGACAAGACUCUAAAUAUACAGGCAGGAAAAGAAGAGAGAAAUUUUAAUGUAAAUAAACUGAAAAAUAUUCCUA